GCUGUACCCCUACCAUUUGUCAGACGUCAUGGUGAAAGGACUAAAGAUAGAUGCUUUUAAAUACUACAGAGAAAUGAUGCGAAAUCUGUUGGUGAAAGAAAAAAGUUAUGAUUCACUGCCCAACUUCACCGCUGCCGAUGGCGUGCGACUACUAGGCAUAGGUAGAAAUCAAUUCAUCGAGAUCAUGAACCAGAGCAGGUCAACGGGGCAGCAAUUUACAAUGAAAUCUUUCACGCAAGGCAAUCGUGAUCAGUUGAUAGAGGAGCUUCUUCCGGCCAAUCCAGUCCCUUAUAAAAUUGGACAUUGGUGGAUCGUACAUGUAGCUUCGGUUGGUGACGACGACAUCAAAGUCCUAAUGCUAUGCUCGGAGGAAGAAAAGGCUAUCGUUGAUACGCUCAUAGACUUUGGCCCGAUGGUGGCCUGCGAGAUAGACAGGAACAUCCUGGAACGAUUGGCAGUCAAAGGGUUGUUGUAUUUGCGUGUACCCAUCAAUGAUGAUGAUUGCAUAUCAGUCCCUCCUUUGGAAGGUUUCGUAAUGAACCGAGUACUGGGCGACUACUUUGAGACUCUAUUAUACAAACUAUUUGUCACAGUAGAUGAGACCACCACGGUAGCAGAACUGGCGAACAUUCUGCAAAUGCCGAUUCAACUCAUAAAGAAUGCCAUCUCAGUAUACUGUCGGUUGGGAUUCGCUAUCAAGAAAGGAACCGAUAAGAUUACGAGCACAGACAAUCGUGAGGUGCAUAACAGUUGGCUUGGAACGACAGGCGGGUCGGAAAUAUUGCCAGCUAUGCUGCAAGAGAAGGAUUGCGAUGGUGCCGGCGGAGAUGGACGAUCCGAAUAUUUUAUAGGUCAAGGGCCAAGCCAGAAGCGGGUUGGCUUCAUAUUCGACUCAUCUCUCACGGCUUUCCUCAUGAUGGGGAAUCUAUCCCAGGGUCUAAAAACCCAUGCAGUCACCAUGUUUGAGGUGGGAAAACUCAGUGACGAAUCAUUGGACUCGUUUUUAGAAGAAUUAGUCAAAGUGAAAAGCGGCGACCUGAUGCAAGGUGAUGCCCAGAGAUUCUUCGAUCAUGCGAUAGUCCUCAGGAACACGCUCAUGUUUCUGCGAAGCGGUGCGGGUGGCCUGGAUGGUUGCUUGUCGGCUGAUGGACCAUCAUUAGAUCACACGAGGGGAGCGGUUGGGGGGCUUAUUGAAGAUGUGAGCGGUGGUGAUAGUACAUCCAGUUUAGAAACGGCAACAGUAGGCGAUGUUGCAAAAUAUUCUACUGAGGCUAAGACUGGUACCGACGAAAGCAGCAGCAACGCAACAGCUGCUGAUGUCCAUCAUGAAAUGGCAAAAACUCGCGUAGAGCAGGAUAACACACCAAAGCAGCGAGUUAUGAUAGAUCUUCUACGAUUAGAAUCGCUAUAUAAUCUGGAUGCGCAUACGAGAACUCGCGUUCUGGCCAAAAACUAUCGUCUACUGAUCUCCAUGGCGCCUCUGUCAGUCGAUGUUCGAUCGUUGUCGGUCACAACGCCAACUCAUCUUGGGCCACCUAUUCAUGAAGUUAACUCUCCCUGGUUCAAACUCUGGCUUUACAAGACUCUAGGCGAAGGUCCUCCGACUGUGUUCUUGCGGCAGGGACAUCGUUUGCGACGAUUGCCGAAAAUGUUCCACAACUGCUCUCAACUGACGCAAACGACGCUUUCUCACGAGCCGACAACCGUUCGGAUGUCUACAUGCCUGAUGGCUAUCAAUGAAACCCUUCGACAUUCUCCUGUUCUAUUGCAUGACAGUCACAAGUGCGAAGGGAAGGAUGUGAUAUACGUCCCUCUACCGAUGCCGCCAGACUUGCUGCAGAAUGCAGGGCAAAUAAAGGCGUCGAACUUAUCAGACCAGUCACUGGAGACCAAUCGCCGCAUGCAGUGCGCACUGCCAUGUAUACAACGGCUGAAGAAGCACGUGGAUCUCGUCAACAACUGUGGCUAUAUAAUUCUACAACGCACAGAACGCCGAAAUAUCGGAAAGGCGCCAUCUCGUUCACACAACCGCACAGCUUCAAUCGUUAGUGAGAAUGUGGAUGCGGAUUUUUCUACAGCGGAAGUAGCAGACAGUGCCGAUGAAGUCGGUUGGCUAGUAUAUGACAUAAAGUUCGGCAUUCCCUUGUUUGAUUUACAAAUAAACAAAAGGGUAUGCGAAGAAAUGGGAAGGCACAAUUUCUUCGACGAGAAGUCGCUAGCAUCUCAGAGUAGCUCAGCAAAGCAGCUUUCGAUCGAGCUACUCGAUUUCAUCGCAAGCCAUGUUGAUAUGAACCCCGAGACUGCGAUCACAGGCACGUAUACACCAUUACCUACUAAAAGUCUGGCGUACGAAAGUGGAUUCGAGAUAACAGAAUUCAUGAGCACGUUGUCUGGAUAUUAACUCGCGAACAGCUUAUAUAUGGCGAUUAGUGUGGUUCUGUCAUCGGCCCACUGAAAGUACAUAUUUAAAUUCUAUGAUAGCUCCAUGAGAACCGCAGAUUUCUGCAGCAUUAGUUUCAGAGUUACACGAGGAAAUGUAUAGAGGCACAUAAAUAUUAACACCAUCUGAAAGUUGUUUGUGAAAACCAUAAGGGUAUCCGAGAUCAAGCUGACCGCAAACAGGACAGCUCAAUUGGUCGUCUCGCAAUGAAACCACACUCAACGAAGCCAUUUGAGCUGAGAGUGGAACAUUUGUUAUUUAUGAGCACGUAGAGAGAGUGCAUGAGGUCGUAUCAAGUGUGUUCUGAAAUUCAGCUGGUCUUCGUUUCACGAUGUGAGUACACACACGGACACGCCACAUAAAGCGGCCUGUGCCCUAUUGAACAUCGCACCAUAGCCAUAGUGAGC